AUGGACCCAAAUCCUAACGUGCACGCUCUGUUUGUUUCCGCCCCAGACUUCACCUGGACCUCCUGGAAAAAAGCGUCACCCCAAGCCCGUGUACUUCCGGCAGCAGGCUUCUCUGUCGGACGCUGGGAGGCAAACGCCUGCCCGCUGGUUGACCCGUCACGGCCAUGCCCGCGUCGGCCCAGCCCGGCCCACCUGGAGCAGUUCCGGCAGCGUCCGUACCAGGUGAUCACGGCCCGCGUGCACCCGGGAGAAAGCAACGCCAGUUGGGUGAUGAAGGGCGCCUUGGAGUUCCUGGUCAGCAGUGACCCCGGGGCCCGGCUCCUGAGGGAAAACUUCAUCUUCAAGAUCAUCCCCAUGCUCAACCCCGAUGGGGUCGUCAAUGGCAAGUACGUCUUCUGUGACUUCCAUGGCCACUCCCAAAAGAAGAACGUGUUUGUCUACGGCUGCAGCAUCAAGGAGACCCUGUGGCAGGCAGAGUCUGCCAUGGGCACACCCGCUGUCUCAGAAGAUGUCAGCUACAGGACUCUUCCCAGAAUCCUGGACCAGCUCGCCCCCGCCUUCACCAUGAGCAGCUGCAGUUUCCUGGUGGAGAAAUCUCGCGCCUCCACCGCCCGGGUGGUGGUGUGGAGAGAGAUGGGGGUGGCCAGGAGCUACACCAUGGAGAGUAGCUACUGCGGCUGCAACCAGGGCCCCUACCAGGGUCUGCAGUUUGGGACCCGGGAGCUGGAGGAGAUGGGAGCCAUGUUCUGCUUGGGCCUCCUCCUGUUGGAACUCAAGUCCGCCAGCUGCAGCCGGCAGCUCCUGGCCCGCGCUGCGUCCCUGCUGAACGCCCAGGACGGGGCCCUGGACCAGCAGCUGCGCAGGUAG